GGGAACGGGGACUAGGUUUGUCUAGAGAGCAGCUUCAGGGGGUGUAUCAGUAUCAGCAAAGAGAGGAGGGAGGGGAAGAAAGGAAGGGAGAAAGAAAGAGGGGAGUACACGAAGCAAACCGCAGCGCCGGGAUAUCUUGCUGCUGCGGGUCGAGGUUUUGCGGGCUCCCGUCGAGAGAAGGCAAAGCUGCUCAGGAUCACCUGGUCCCCACCUCUAGAGCUAUGGAUCGUUGCCAGAGAAAGCAGAUAAGAUGGAGAACUACUUUAUUACAACAGUGUGUUUUGCUGCUGACCUAUGUUGUAAUUAUACUGGAAGCAGUGCCUAUAGAUGUAGAUAAGACAAAAGUACAGGAGGAAGAAAAAGAAGACAGCGCAAAAGUAGAUAAUACGGAUACUGGAUUGUAUUAUGAUGCCUACCUCAGGCAAGUAAUAGAUGUUUUGGAGACAGACAAACAUUUCAGAGAGAAGCUCCAGUCAGCAGACAUAGAGGAAAUAAAGAGUGGAAAGUUAAGCAAAGAGCUAGACUUAGUUAGCCAUCAUGUGAGAACAAAGUUGGAUGAACUGAAAAGACAAGAAGUUGCAAGAUUAAGGAUGUUAAUCAAAGCCAAGAUUGAUGCAUAUCAAGAUUCUGGCAUAGACCAUCAAGCUCUUCUCAAACAGUUUGAGCAUCUGAACCAUCACAACCCUCACACUUUUGAAGUUAAAGAUUUAGACAUGCUAAUCAAAGCUGCUACAAAUGACUUAGAAAACUAUGACAAAGCCCGUCAUGAGGAGUUUAAGAAAUAUGAGAUGAUGAAAGAACACGAAAGGAGAGAGUAUUUAAAAACACUGGAUGAAGAAAAGAGACACCAAGAGGAAGCUAAAUAUGAGGAAAUGAAAAAAAAGCACAGCAAUCACCCCAAAGUUAAUCAUCCUGGAAGUAAAGACCAACUGAAAGAGGUAUGGGAGGAAGCAGAUGGCUUAGACCCUAAUGAUUUUGAUCCAAAGACUUUUUUCAAGUUGCACGAUGUCAAUGCUGAUGGUUUUCUGGAUGAACAGGAAUUAGAAGCCCUAUUUACUAAGGAGCUAGAGAAAGUCUAUGACCCCAAAAAUGAAGAGGAUGACAUGGUAGAAAUGGAAGAAGAGAGGCUACGAAUGAGAGAGCAUGUCAUGAAUGAGGUUGACAUCAACAGAGACCGGUUAGUCACCUUGGAAGAGUUUAUGAGAGCUACAGAGAAAAAAGAGUUUUUGGAGCCAGAAAGCUGGGAGACUCUGGACCAGCAGCAGAUCUUCACUGAAGAGGAUCUGAAGGAAUUUGAAAGUCACAUUUCUCAGCAAGAAAAUGAAUUGCAAAAGCAAGCAUUAGAACUUCAGAGAAAGAAGGAAGAGCUACAGCGACAACAAGACUUCCUUCAGGCUCAGAAACAAGAACUUGAAAUGGCUGUCAAACAAAUGGAAAAGAAAAAGUUACAGCAAGGACAUCCUCCUUCAGGUCCAGGUGGAGAACUGAAAUUUCAACCAUCUGUGUCACAACCAGAUGGAAGUCCCCAAAGUCAUCCAGUGGGAGGCAGUCAGCCUUUGCCACCAGGAAAUAUACCAGUGCAAGAAGCAGCUGCUAGAUCUGAUCAUGUCCAGUCUCACCCUUAACCACUUGUGCCUCAGUUUAUACCACAUUUUGGGCGUGGGUGGGUGACAUAAUCCAAGACUAAAAAGAAAUGUGGAAAAAAAGGAUAAUUUUAAGCUCCAUUUCAGAUGUGGGAUUCAUAAAGGCUUAAAAUCCAAAUUCAGUGUGAAGACUUUCAAAGGCACAAAUGAUAUAAUACAGGACCUUAAAGUUGUGGAUAUUCUAGUUUUCUCAGUACACCUAAGUAGACAACAGGAUAUCUAACUUUUUCCCCGCAGAACCUUCUUUUUGUCUCAGGUACAAUUUGGCUGCCUAUCAUUUGUGCUUUCGAAAAUCUCUUCCUGUUUCAUCUUUAAAUCAUUACCUAUAGAGAUAUUGUCAAAAAGAAAGUUAAGAUGAGCAGACCCCUUAAAUUUCCUGAUGUUCACUAUGUUGACAUUCUCCGUUGCCAAUGGGUUUAAAGCUGGAGAAGUUUAGAACUGGUCUGAGCAAGAGGCUACACUUCUAUCCCUGUUUUAGUUCAUGUCAGUAUGUUCCUAAAAGUGCCAACAACUUAGAGCUGUAAUUUUAUGAUUGUAGACUGAGGGAGUUGUAACAAUUCCUUUGGUUUUCAAGAUCUAUUGAAAAGAAACAUCUGUGAUCUGAUUUCAAAAAAAAUCUACUUUUUAAAAGCAGUGUAAUUGCAACAGGGAGCAAUGGGAAACAGUGAAUGUAUUUUCUGUUUAUAAAUGCCUAUGAAUAUUAAUGUAAGAAUUCUUCACACUGAAAUGCUGUGCUUGAAGUGCAUUGAUUUAGCCAUCUUUAUUGUUGCUAACUAAAUGCAGUUCAUCCCUGCAUGUUGGCUGCAAAGAGGGUACUUUUCUCCUCCUCCUUUUUAUAACAUGCCAGUUGCAUUUAUCUAUGAACUAUGAAAGGAAGCUCUUUAGAUGGCGAAAAGUAUUUUUGGAAUUAACAAAGACCUUUCAUUGUCUUUUCUUUCUUCAUAAAAGGUUCAUUUCAAAAUCAUCACUGUGUUUCAAACAUCUGUCAGAAACUGCAUUUUGAAUGUUAAGUUGAAACACUUAAUCAUAUUACAUUAUUAGAUAGGACUACGAAGGUAAAAGCCGUGCAUGUAAACAUUUUCUAUCAUUUUAACACAAAUAGGAAUUUCCAGUUCCUUACAGAUGAAACCCAAUUUAUUAUUUCAACUUAACUCUUAAAUGCAUUUUUUCUUCCUGUGUUACACUGACUUUGAUUUGAUUCAAGUACUGUUGAAGUAAAUGGAAAGGUUUGCAGUCUAAAUUCUCUUCAAUUCAGAAUAAGACUUAAAAUCCAGAUUCAUUUCCAAUAUCAUACUUUGUGACUGAAGAAGGGAUGAUUAAAAAAUAACACAAAGCUAUCUUGUUACUGAAAAAUUGUAAUUAUUUUUAUUUCUGGGAAAUGGGACAUAAUCUGUAAUAUAAUUAUUUAUAUAGGGUUUCAAUAAAUCAGAGUUUUUUUAUAUAAAAUGAAAAACAGCUUCUCUCAAUCGAAAAAUUAGGGGAGAAGAAAGUUCUCACAACUUGCUUCCUAUAGUUAGAAAGAUAACAGUGGAAGUUUUUUAUGCAGCCAGCCUGUGGUUAGGCUUGUGAAUGGAGUUUCCCUUUUUUUUUUUUUUUUUAUAUACCCUAACUGGAUACUUCCAUUUGCUUUCCGUAGUUCUAGGAUAUAUUGCAUGGCACAUGGCAGCCAAAUGGAAGGAACCACUGGCAACUCAAUGUUGAAUGAAUUCUUAUUUGGAUUAUGCAGCUGUGGCCCAAAAGAAUAUUCAUGGCUUAAUUCUUAUUUAUUUAUUAUACAGUAGACCCCGCUAGGCAAUCAACAGAAACUUCCACAGAAAGGUUCCCUGUUUUCUAGAGACAACAGCUUGAACACAUAUUGUGAACCUUGCUUGUGGCUUACCUAAUAUGACUGAUAAAAGGUCUCUUCUAUCUUUUGUUUGCAAUUGUGCAAAUUUUUAUAGCUCUAUUAGCACUCUGUCCUUUACUUUUAUAUGGUAUUCAUCCCUUUGCUUUAAGUUAUAAAUACAAUCAAAUGACAAAGAAAUGGAUAAUGCACAAUCCAGUCCCAGUUAUUGUAUUUUUCAAUUUGCUUCAAAAAUAUUCAGAUUACAAAUGUCUUAUUUUAAGUGUCCUAUUCUGAAUAGUAUUCUGAGUAAAGUUUGCAAAGAGAGAUGGAGUAUGAUCAUCCACAGAGGCCAUUGAAACUAUUCACAGAAAGGGAAGCUGACAAGUAGAAAUGGGAUGAUGUUCAUCCCAACUGUUAAAUCGAUUGGAAUCUUUGAAGUACUAUAAUGCCUUGUAUAGCUUGGGGGCUAGUUAUAAGGGAAAGUAACUUUCACAGCACAAUUUCACAUUGGAUACUUUCCACCUGUAUCUCAAUUAUUGUUAACUAAAUUUGAUAGUGAUUGGAUUUAGAGCAGUGAAGAGGGGAACACCAUGAAUUAGAUACGUCUUCAGGUAGAAGAGGAAGAAUCAGAUGUUCCCAAAUUAUCUCCUCUUCACCCCUUCCCAAGAUCACCCACCCAACUGUGAAAAUCACCAUCCCACUUGCCUUUCCAUCAGGAGCCCCUGGCAUUUCAUUUCUAAGGCAUUGUAAGAUAAAUUAUAUACAUUUGUUUUUAAUGCAAUUUACUUUCAAGUGACACAUUUCUGGUGGUGGCCAAUUUAUCAUGGAAGUGGUUGGCUUAUGAUGUUAUCAGGUUUCCUCCUCCCUGGACAGCUUCAUUUUGAAACUUAUCAGGACAAAAAUACCUUGGAUGUAAAGAAUGGCAAAGUUGUACAUAUCCAUAUGCUCUCAAGUGCAAUAUUUGUAAGAAGAAUGUUGUUCCACUUGUGCUUUGUAUAAUUUUUAAUUGGAUUAAAUUGAAUUCAAACUCAA